AUGGCAACGUGCGGUUCGGAGGGCGUGGUUCAGGUGUGGUGCCUGCGCAGCGGUGUGGCAAGGGCUCGCUACGGCGUGAAGAGCUGCGCGACGCACGUGUCGCUCUGCGACGACUGGAUGGCCGUCGGCACCGCGGAUCAGCGGGUGCACUUUCUGGUGCUGUGCGAAGGCGGCGCUGUCAUACGAAAGUGCCUCGCCUCGCGUUCUGUUCAGAGCUGCAUCCGGUGCGUGGAGGUGAUGCCGCCUUCGGGCGACGACGGUGUGGACUCCGCCUCCGUGCUGAUCGGCAAGGGAGACGGCGCGCUCGAGGUCCUCGGUAUGGAGUCGGGCCAGGCUCUUCGCAGGUGUGAGGUCCUCGAGGCGGGGCUGCUGGCCAUGCGGACGCUGCGUCCCGGGGGCGCGGCUGCGACCGUCGCGGUCACCCUGUCGAGGUCGCUGGUGGUGGAGCAGUGGGCCUUGCCCGAACUGUGCUGCGUCAGGCGCUGCGCCUGCCCGGAGCAGGUAUCCCGGGCCCCACGCGACGCCCAGGCGCCCACCUGCCACCUCGCCAGCCUCAGUGUCCACAGCGGGGCCGUGGUGCUGGCGUUCGGGGAGGCGGAGCUGCACUGGCAGCCGCUGGCCGGCGGCGAGGGGUGGCGCCCGCCCGCGGACAUGCGGCACGAGGCGGAGCCUGGCGGCGAGGGGGCGGAGUGGCGCAGCGUCCGCGUGGAGGCCGACGGGCCCAUCCGGCUCCUCGGCGGCGACGCGCAGGUGACUCUCUACCUCGACGCGGGCAGGGGCGGCCUGGCCGGCGCGCCGCACACGAGCGUCCGGGCCGUGCACACCGCCACGGGGCUGGCGCUCGGCGAGCGGAGGAGCUGCCAGCCGGGCGGCGGCCGGGUCACCAUGGCGGAGGCGUGCGCGGGCACGCUGCUGCUGUCCAGCGGGGACGGGGCGCAGCUGACGCGCCCGCGGCAGGCCCCAGCCAGCCCGGGCGGGGGCGGCUGCACGGCGGAGGGGGAGGAGGAGGACGUCCCGAGGAGGCGGAGGCGCGAGAGGAAGCCGAAGAUGACCUCGCAAAGGAGCACCUGCAGAAGUCCCGCCCGCAGUAGGCGCGCGCCCCGCCUGCCGGGGGUCCGCCUGCGAGACUUCCCGGGCAGCGCGGGGUGCAGGUGGGGGCCGGCCGGAAGCAGCCGGCGCCUCCCUCAGGGGAGGCCAGACGCACCCAAGAGCAGACGAGCAUCGCCGUAG